AUGUACAAAGAGAAGGAUGAUAUUACAGAGGCCGAGAAGGAUCUCCUCGCGCGUGUCCGGAAACCCUCGGACCGGCGGGAUACCGGCACCACACGUCUUAUACGCACUUUCUAUGGCGAAGGCUCAGAUGAUUCCUUUGCAGAGCUUCUCGAUGAGGCUGAGUUUGAUCUAGAUUUUCAGCCCCAUUUUGAUGAUGCUACGCUUUACGACGCUGGGUCGAACAACGGCUUUCAGUCUCUACAUGAGAUUCUGACCCGCCUCCCACAGAUCCUUGAGCACACAGCAUGGUUUUUUGACUUUCGCGAGGAACAGAAACAAGAAGCUCUCAAAGAGGCCCCUGGGCUUUUUACAGACAAUUUCGAAUACUCCGUAGAAAUAACUCAUAAAGCGGCCAGAUGGGGCAACGUGUUUAUCUACGACAAGGAAGCAUAUUAUGAGGGGGAUAUACUACUAGUUUAUUUCGACGAUCAUGGCCGAGUUAUACGCUACUACCGAGUGGAAGGUGCUGAUGACCUGAGCAAUGCCGCCACCAUGAUAGACUCAGGCCAGGAUUUCAUGCAUGGAUGGUGGAUGGCCGGUCACUACGGGGAGGACUAUGAGCCCCACGAACUUGCUAAGCGAUGGCGCGAGUUUGAGCCCGAGAACUCGAAGGAGGGUGCAAGUGUGAAUGUAAUCUCCGAAGAACAGAAACUAUAA